GAGACAGAGAGACAGAUCAGAACGAGAGAGAGAGAGAGAAUGGGGAAGAGGGACUUUCGUCAAAACUUGUCAGCACCCUCUAUCGUUUACAGACAUCCGAGGCCUUGUCAGGCACUCAUCAACAUUCAGCCAAUCAGCGAUAAGCCUGCACCCCUUUCCUCUCUAAAUCUCUCUUCCCCUUUUACCCCCCAUUCGAAGCCAUGGUAUAAAGAGGGGUGAGGUACCUAGUUUUGGAAUAGAUGCUGCCCAGUUUCUUUGCCAGGAUAGUACUCAAAUUUUUCUUCUUGUUUUAAACUAAUCAAUUUUCUUUUUGUCCAAUCUCGACUCUAUUGGAAUCAUUACUCCAACCAUCAUCAUGAACGCUUGUGCUGUAAUUCUCGCUGCAUGUCUAGGGUGUGUCAUGGCCCAAGGAGACCCGUUUGGGGACUUAGGCGAUUACGCAGAUAUGGUCGGCAUGUCAACCGGCAACUCGGGAGAGAUGACUAGCUUCGACGUCUUCGGUGCCGCAGCGGCAGCAGCCGCUGGUGCAGCUGGAGGCGGUAUGGGCGGCGGCAUGGGCGGAGGCGGUAUGGGCGGAGCUGGAGGCAUGGGCGGAGGCAUGGGUGGAACCGGCGGCAUGGCACAUGGAUACAACCCCGGUUACGGUAACGGAGCCGGUUACGGCGCCGGUUACGGCGGUGGACAAGGUUACAACGGUGGCGGCGGCGGUAUGAUGGGCGGCGGCAACCCCUUCGUGGACCAAGGAUUCAACAGCCAGCCUUACAACAACAACCCACAUCUCGUACGUGAUGCCAACGGAAGAGCACAGGCCGUCUCGGCGUCGACCGUCGCGGGAGCUACCAUUGCCGUCAUCGUCGUCGUCGUCAUCUUCGCCGGAAUCGCAAUUUACGUCGUUAGGCAGAGGAGAAAUUCACGAGUGAUGAUUGCAUCCGUCUAAAUAGAUAGACAUUCAUGAACACUCAUUGAACCUUUUAUACUCGUUAGCUUUCAUAGACAUUUAGUUCUGAUAAAUGGAAAAAAAUAAUCGCUUUAAUAUCAGCGCAGGAAGUUCUUACAUGCAUCAACACCUGAGCUCGUAUUUACCUGAAGACCCACGUGCUUUAACAAAAAUGCUGCCUUCAUUAUUUUUCAAAUGCUAUGUCAGCCUCACAAUUUUAUACAUCCAUGUUGAUGAUCUAAUAUAUACUGUGCUCCAUUGUAUUUUAUUUGUAUCUUUCUAUUAUUUUCUUAUGUUUAGUUACUUAGUGAGAGAGAUUCUUGUAGUUUUGUAUAUAAGAUUAUGAAUAUUUUGUUCAAAGAAUUAUCAAUCAAUAUGUUGUUUAUUAUUAAAAGAGAGAUUGUUUCAUUUGCAUUUCAAAAGAA